AUGACUGCGACAGGAACGAGCGUUUCGCUCCUCAAGUUUGUAGGCACUGUCUCGCUGGGCUUACUGACGGGUGUCUCUUAUUCUAUUACCUCUCUCACCCUUCCUGUCCUACUCCGACUUCCUUCUUCAAACUCCGCUUCCCACGGUCUCGCCUCUCUGAACGCUGCUCUCAAGACACCUCUCCUCGCCCUCACUUCUCUCGCCGCCGCGCCCUUCCUCAUUAGCUUUGCUCUCGCUCCCCGCUCGUCUCGCCACCCUUACCUUCUCUAUACAGGUCUCCUCGCCACCCUCUCAUUCGUUGCUCCCCUUCUGAUCCCUGCGCCUGCUACCCGACAUGUCGCAUCCUCGGCGCCUCGGCAAUCUCCAAGAGCUAAAAUGGAGGCUAGCUACGAGGUUCUAGGCGACGCUCACAGUGAGCCUGCCAGUGAGGAAGAUAUCGAUGAUAUCAACGGCGAGGGGGUGAGAGUGGAGGUAGAGGGCCUCGUCCACAACUACAUUGCACGAACAGCCUUCUCUGCUCUGGGUUUCAUCAUGGCAGUUAUUGGAAUCUGGGGUGAUGGUGCACCUCAGGCAGUUGUCUAUGUCUCAUAA